UUUGCGCUCAAGUACCUACCAAAAAAAAAUAAUAAAGUAAAAUUUUAUGCGAAAAGUAUUGGGAUUUGGGAAAAGUGUAAUAAUGUAUCUACAAAUAUAUACUAGUAAUCUGUGAUAAUGUAUAUAUUUUUAUCGCUGAAAUCAACUUGCGCAUUUUGAGUUUAUUUAGUCUUUAUGUAACUUUAUAAAAUGAUUGACAAAUCCUUACGGCAUUUAAAUCUUUUUGCGCGGUUUUUUCGGAAACCAGUGCAUAUUUCGAAUAUAAGAUGGUUUUCUGCAGCAGCAGUAAAAGAAGACUUAAACUUGGACUUGUUGAAAGCGUAUAAUGAAGACAUAAGGGCUGGAGGCGUGGUCCCGGUGUUCAAGAAAGCUCUACUGUUUCCGUCCAGAACAGCGUUACAAGAUAACUUUGGUACUUACACAUACAGAGAGGUGUAUGAUGCCGCAUCUGCACUCAGUAAGAGUAUUGCUAAACAGUUAAUAGGUGAAAAAGAGUGUACAAUAUGUUACAUGUGCCCAAACAAUGUCACUCAUGUUGUAGUGCAGUGGGCCAUUUGGAUGACUGGGAAUAUUGCCGUCCCUCUCACACCUCUUCACCCCCAAGAGAUGCUCAAGUACUUUGUAACGGACAGCUACUCCAACUUGAUCAUCUGCACCGAGGACUAUGAGAAGCGCCUGCAACCUGUAGCACAAGAGUUGAAGAGACCUCUGAUCGUGUACAACAAGACAGACCUGGACAGAGCUGCGACGUCACGCGACGAGGGGAGCCUCUCCAACUCCUUCUAUGCCAAAACGGAAGCCAUGCUCAUUUACACGAGUGGCACGACGAGCAAGCCGAAGGGCGUGGUGUGGACGCACAGCAUGCUGGCGUCGGCGACGGCGGCGCUGCACGCGGCGUGGCGGUACAGCGCGGCGGACGUGGUGCUGCACGCGCUGCCGCUGCACCACAUACACGGCCAGCUCAACUCGCUGCACGCCUCGCUCGCCGCCGGCGCACGGAUCCGCAUGCUGCCGUCGUUCGCGUCGCACGCGGUGUGGGCGGAGCUGCUGGGCCGCGCGGUCGUUGCCGCCGCCGGAGACGGGACCGCCACGGAGGGAGCUAAGAGCGGGGCGCGCGUGACGGUGUUCCACGGCGUGCCGGCGAUGUACUCGCGGCUGGCGGCGGACUGGAAGACGCUGUUCGCGGACGGCCGCACGCGCCGCCACGUGCGCGACACGCUCGCCCGCAUGCGCCUCAUGUGCGCCGGCUCCGCCCCCCUCCCCGACACCCUCUACGACCAGUGGCUCGAGAUCUCGGGUCACCGGCUGCUGGAGCGGUACGGCAUGUCGGAGGUGGGCAUGGCGCUGAGCAACCCGUACCGGCCGGCCGAGGCGCGCGCCGUCGGCUGCGUCGGCCUGCCGCUACCGGGCGUCGCCGCGCGCCUCGCCGCCGCCCCCGACCCCGCCCCCGGCGCUGCGGACGCGCCCCCCGCCGCCGACCAGCUGCAGCCGCUCGUCACCGUCGAGUGCGACGCACCCGACACACAGGUAUCGCCGGAGGCGCUAGGCCUGGUGGCGGCGGACCCGGCGGCGGACGCGUGGGCGGCGCCGCGGGUGACGGAGCACGCGGCGGUGGCGGCGGCGAGGGCGGAGAUGGAGGGCGGGUACCAGGGCGAGCUGCUGCUGCGCGGGCCGGCGGUUUUCUCGCGGUACUGGAACCGCCUGCCGCAGCUCAGCACCGCCGACUUCACGCCGGACGGCUGGUUUCGCACCGGCGACACGGCGGCCUGGGCCGGCGGCCGCUUCCGCAUCCUCGGCCGCACUAGCGUCGACAUCAUCAAGAGCGGCGGGUACAAGGUGAGCGCGCUGCAGGUGGAGGCGGCGCUGCUGGCGACGGCGGGCGUGGCGGACGCGGCGGUGCUGGGCGUGGCGCACGCGGAGCUCGGCGAGGCGGUGGCGGCGGUGCUGGUGCUGCGCCCCGGCCGCGCGCUCUCCCUGCCCGAGCUGCGCGCCGCCGCCGCCGCCCGCCUGGCACCCUACCAGCUGCCGCGCGCGUUGCUCGUGGUCGACGCCAUGUCGCGCAACGCCAUGGGCAAGCUCGACAAGAAGGAGAUCCGACGACUCUACGAGAAGGACUUGAUGGCGCAGCUCAAGCGGUAGUCCCCACCUCCCAUCCCCCGCCCUCUGCGACCGCGGCCCGCACACCGAGCUGUGCUGGCGUGGGUCCAAACUGCAUUUAUUGAUUUGUCGUGUUUGUUUAUUUAUACAAAUGUAAGUAAUAUUAUCAGUAUGACUGUAAAAAGUUAUUACGUGGGUAUGUAAGUAUAUAAAUGUCUAUUAUUGCGAAUUUUUACAAACAAGCGAACAGAACUUAUUGACGGAGCCACAAAAUGUUAACAUGAAAUUAAUUAAGCUACAAAUAAUUAUAUUAAUAAUUAUAUAUUAAAAUUGUUACGAGCUCGAGUCGCCGCUGUCCGGCUGCGCUCGCGCACGACAAGCGACACGCGAAGGAGCAGCGGACGACGGUCAAACAGAUUUUAUUGACAAAUAUUGUUAAUCAGGGUAUAUAUUGUAUCGUUGUUAAUCACAUUGUAUACUCGUUUUGUUGUGAUGUAUAUACUUUUGUUGAAUAUAUGAAUAAAAAACUACUCGU